GGCCGUGGUACUUUUGUCCGUGUAGUAUUAUAGGAAUUCGAAUCCAAUCCGUACGUGGCAUAGCAUAUACCGCACGACCGUGCGUUUCCAGCCGGACGAGAUCUAGCAAGCCUCCGGCCGGCGAGAUCAGUCGACACCAGGUUCUGGCCGUAAAGCAAUCGGCACGUACUCUCGCCGGAAAAGUCGGUUACGAUGGUCGUCCCCGCGGCGGCAUCUCCCAAUCUUUACUUGCUCGACCUGGUGAAAUCCGGCCGCAUGCUCAUCGACCGUGGCCUCGUUCUCGCGGACGGCGAGGUGGACAACAUCUAUCUCCCAGUCGACACGUUCAAGCUCUUGCGCAUCGAUGACACUGUCGUGUACAAGAAUGUCGGUGACAUCAAGGUGGUCGACAGGAGCCACCUGUACCCCGGACAGGUGGUCGGGUCGGCAUCCGACAUGGGCGGCCAGAUCGGCGUCGUCACCGGCGUCAACACCGUGCUCAACCUGGCCAAGCUAGACAACAACGGCGUGCCGACCAAGGUCAUCAGGGGGGUGUCCCCGUCUAGCCUGCGGCGCGUCAGGAGUCUCAACCUUGGCGACUUUGUCGUGUCUGGGCCGUGGCUCGGCCGUGUCGUCGAGGUGUCGAUCGAUGUCGAUGUGUUGUUCGAUGACGGAGCCAUCUGCAGGAUCACCGAUGCGGAGUCCACGAACCUGGCCAGAGUGCGUGAAAUCGGCACCAUGGCGACCUUGCAUCGCCACCAGAUGAAUAGUCAAUUCCACCAGGGGCAGCAUGUCACCUUGACACGCGCUUGUUCACUCUUCAAGGAUGCUCGCUGGCUUAAUGGCUACUGGCAUCCCUACCGACAAGUAGGCACCAUUAUGAAGGUGGAGACGUCCGGCGUCCUUGUCUACUGGGUUGCAUCCAGACAUUGUGGCACCGACAAGGGGCUAGUGGAGGCAUCCGCUCCUCCAGCCUACCAAAACCCAGAUGAUCUUACGUUCUUCUGCGCCUCGUACAAUUGCUGCUGGGGGCUUGCUGACCGUUGUUUUUUUCUAGAAACAAGUUCCACCAAAGAGGAUGCAGCUUGUGCUCCUGAUCAACACGGUGAUGAUGAUGAUGAUGAGGUGGUGGAGGAGGACGAGGACGAGGAAGAGGAAGAGGAAUACAAUGCGUGCUCACAAGACAACCAAGAGGUGUGUGAAGCAUCAACCUCUCAUGUGGGACCACCCACCAAGCAGAAGGAUGAGAGGUUUUAUCGGAAGCAGCUAAGGAAGGUCGUCUUUGAGGGCCAUAGACGGGCGCAACGACCACAAGUCAUGAGACAUGUGGAGGUGGAGUUUCCUAUGGUCGUCGCCGACACCUGCACCACCGUCGAUGUGUUGUGGCAGGACGGCACACGGCAACAUGGCAGACGUUCAGCGACUGUCGUCCCCUUUGGGAUCUGGAAUGAGCAAGAGUUCUUCCCGGGACAACAUGUUGUCGCCAACAUUCUCCCUAUUAGUGCUGCCGUUGAUAGUACUGGUGACCAUGAUGAUGUUAUAACUACUAGUGUCAACAAUGACAUUGUUGCGUCUGGAACUGGACCAACAGAGCGUGUGGGCAUCGUCAAGAGCCUGCAAUACAAGGACCAGACGGUUUGUGUAUCAUGGUUCAAGACGUCAGGGCACCCAGAUGAGGCUAGGGAGGUCGAAUGCGACCAAACCAUCAGUGCUUACGACUUAAAAUUGGACUCUAACCACUCUGCUUACUAUGGUGAUAUUGUCAUUCGUAUCCUACCAUCGGGAUCAACAAAUGAUGCUGAAAGUGCACCCUUGUUAUCGGGAAACAAGAAGAAAAAUGCCGUUCCUGUCGAUCUUUCAUGGGUUGGGCGGGUAGUUGAACUUCCUAAUGGGCACAUCCAAGUCAAGUGGGGUGAUGGUAGCAUGUCAACGGUAUCGCCCCAUGAGAUCGUUGCCGUCAAGGACAAGCACUACAUGGAGCUAUGGCUUGAAAUGGGCGAUUGGGUAGAGGACGAUGGCAUCGAUGACGCACCCGAAGAACCGGUUGCUGCCAACAUGGAAAUUGAUCUUCAGAAUCUAGAUAAUGAUGUCGAAAGCGUUAGCCCGGCAAUGUCAAGGACAAGCCUUUUAGGUUUUCCAUUCCGGUCUUUGCUCCAAUUCACCAGUGACGUGGUAGCUCGAGGUAAAGGAUACCUGAUGAACUGGCGGCCCUCGUCGUUGUCACCAAGCUCAGAGUUACCCGCGCCCGCAAAUGAUGAUAGUAUCGGUGGUGCUGCUGCAAUGGGGAUCAACGAUGCUGCUGUAGAUUUGACUUGUCACGGUUUUGCUGGGGGGACGAAGGCUGCAUAUGCUACCUGUUGCUGCGAUGAAUCGUCAUGCUUUCCACAUUUCAAUGUACUGCAGAUGAGCCCUCUGGAUCACCACUACCUUGACACUACGGACCAGGAAAUGCAGGGCGCUAGUCGUGGGAAGAGUUGGGCCAAAACAGUGCAAAAGGAAUGGAAAAUUCUGGAGAACGACUUACCAGAAACCAUCUACGUGCGAGCGUUUGAGGACCGCAUGGAUCUGCUUCGGGUGGUGAUGGUGGGCGCAAGCGGGACGCCAUAUCAUCACGGCCUCUUCUUCUUUGAUAUGCAGCUACCUCCGUCGUACCCGGAUGCCCCACCGCAAGUGUACUACCACUCCUUUGGCCUACGCCUCAAUCCCAACCUCUACGAGUCUGGUACAGUGUGUCUCAGCCUGCUGAACACAUUCGGUGGCGAGGGCACUGAGGUUUGGUCGUCAGCAACAUCAAGCCUCCUCCAAGUCGUUGUCUCCAUCCAGGGCCUCGUCCUCAAUGACCAACCAUACUACAACGAGGCCGGCUAUGAGACACUGGUCGGCAAACCGGAGGGCCGCCGCAAUGCGCUGCCCUACAAUGAGAAUGCUUACCUACUAACCCUCCGGACCAUGCAGCACCUUUUACGUCGGCCACCUCGGGGAUUUGAGGAAUUCGUCAAGGAACACUUCCGCCGUCGGGGAAAAUUUGUGCUUAGGACAUGCAAUGUAUGGCUUCAGGGAAAUGUUGUCGACGAUGCCCAUGCCAUUGAAGCGACUAGGAAGCGACCGUGCUCGGCUGGGUUAAGGCUUGCACUCACAAACAUGAUGCCAAGCCUCGUGGCAGCCUUCACCGAGAUCGGCGCCGUGGGGUGUGAAGAGUUCCAGUAGCUGCAAAUCAAGUUGCCAUGUGCUCUCAGCACCACUCACUAGACAGAGGAGUGUUUGAUGGUGGGAGCUUUGCUGCACAUGGGGGGCAGGUUAGUUCAAAAGAGGGGUCCGUGGAUAUAGGAUUUUUGGUGAUGGUGGUGGUCUUGUAAUCAGUCACAUUUUUGUUCUACAACAAUUACAUACUCCUUUUUGCUUUAUUUUCUCGAUUAAAAAGGAGUUCAGCAAGAGAGGUAUCAUUGUGGACUACGUCA